CACUAGUGCUCAACUGUUCCCACCUCUGCCAGAGGACAAGAUGAACUUUAUCGCAACUUAAAAAAAACGUACAUUUUUGGAUUUCCGAGUACUUGAGGACAGCAAAGGAACUUUCACGGAAUCCGCAGUAUUCACUGUUUCCUUAGGCUUUCUUCCAUUAAUCGAACCACUGACAACUAUAGGACUAUUGAAAGUGACAUCAGAACGAACAAAAUAGCAAAUAAAGUGUAAAGCAGUUCCGUUGGCAGCCAUGGACACUGCACCGGCUUCGAAGACGGGCGAUUUCUUCUACGGCUGGGAUCUGCUCUACAAGACCAUCCAGUCGGAGGUGGCCAAGAAGUCGGACCUGCUGGUGGCCCUGGUCCACUUUCUCCUGACCAAGCACUACAAUUUCCGCUGCGUUGGCAUCGGCGACGAUAAAACCUUGCCAGAGGAGGAGGGCAGUGAGCUGCUGCCGGACAACUGGAACGAUGACGAUACCAAGUACUCGCUGCGCUAUGUUCACGAUAAGAUGCUCUACCUUCUGUUGGGCCACAUCACCGAGGACGCCCUGCUGAUCAACCUGAUGGACAUCAACACCAAGAAGGUGUCGAACAUCUGCGUGGAACCAGAGACCCUGGUGGCCGCCGUGAAGGGAGGCAUCACCACCUUGAUGCCCAGCGCCUCGGAGAUUGUCGAGCGAUAUCGCCGGGAGCUUCUGGACCCCGUCUUCACUGGCAACUCGCGUGAGGUCACCACCCAGACGACCACUUCGCCACGUCCCAACGUGUCGGAUCCGGAUCCUUUGCGCAUCGGGGAACCCAGACGUGGAGGGUCCUUCAUUCCGGGUGGAUUCGAGCCGCGCCCUUUUGGCUUUCCAGACAUCGGACGCGGAGAUCUGGAUCCACUAGGUCGUGGUGGCUCUGGUAACCUCUUUGCUUUCCCUUCACGCCCCAAUAUGGGGCCAGGACCUUUGCCCCGCUUCGAUCCAUUUAGUCCCCUCAAUCCCAAUGGGCCGGGACAGGGUGGAAUCAAUCCGGAUCAUAUGCGCCCACCCAAUUGGAAUCCAGAUUACUACAUGUGAUCACCAGGAAUGCCAUCAAGAGUAGGCAAGUCAAAUCUUUAGUUUAUAAAUAAAAUGUUUUCAAUCUGAAAACUAAAAUAGAA